AUGAGCUCGGAGCUGGUGCCGAUGCUAACGCUAGUAGCGUGCAUAAAAGGCCGCCGAAACCUCAGCAGCAGCAGCGGCGGCAGCAGCAGCGGGGUUACCGGAAGCGCCGCUUAUCCUGCCGUUUCUGCUGCUGUGGCUAAUGCGCGGAGAGGGGUGGGCGGAAUGAUGAGAAGAGGGGGAAUCCCCGGACUGCCCUCGCCUUCCGAAGUCACCAUCCUUGAUGGUUCCGCCACCCCUGGUUCCGCCACUCCUGUUUCCGCCACCCCUGGUUUCGCCACCCCUAGUUCCGCCACCCCUGGUUUCGCCACCCCUAGUUCCGCCACCCCUGGUUCCGCCACCCCUGGUUCCGCCACCCCUAGUUCCGCCACCCCUGGUUCCGCCACCCCUGGUUCCGCCACCCCUGGUUCCGCCACCCCUGGCUCCGCCACGUUCGAACCGCUGCCGAUCCGACCUCCUCCAUCACCGCCUGCUUCCACUGGCGCUGGUGCUGCUGGCACUGGCAACACCCCUGGUGCUGGCAAUGCUGCCAGUGGUGCCGCUGCUACAGCAGCUGGUGCGGUGAUAGGAGGUUUGGGAGGCGUGACAAGCGGUGCAGCCAUGGGAGGGUUGGCAGCAAAGGCGGCUGGGAAAGGGAAGGGGUUGAAAGCGGUGGAAGCGGAGGCUAUUGCUGCUGCUACUGCAGGGGGGCUGGGGGCAAUUGGAGGAGCUCUGGGGGGAGGUUUGGCGGGAGGUAUGGGGGGAGGUUUGGGGGGAAUUCCGCUCUUGCCCUCGCCUCUCCCUUCUCUUCCGACUGCUGCCCUUCCAACUCUUCCUUCCGCUGCCCUUCCCCCCCUCCCUUCUGCUUCCCUUCCCCCCCUUCCUUCCGCUGCCCUUCCCCCCCUCCCUUCUGCUUCCCUUCCCCCCCUUCCUUCCGCUGCCCUUCCCCCCCUCCCUUCUGCUUCGCUUCCCCCCUUUCCUUCCGCUGACCUUCCCCCCCUCCCUUCCGCUAGCCUUCCCCCCUCCCCUUCAACCUCUGCCAAUACCACAUCCCCCUCACUGCCUCUCCCUUCCCCCGCUGGCAAUACCACCUCCCCCUCACUGCCUUCCCCCUCCCCCUCUGCCAAUACCACCUCCCCCCCAUCGCCUCUCCCUUCCCCCUCUGCCAAUACUACCUCCCCCUCACUACCUUCCCCUUCCCCCUCCGCCAAUACCACCUCCCCCUCACUGCCUUCCCCCUCCCCCUCCGCCAAUACCACCUCCCCCUCUCUGCCUCUCCCUUCCCCCUCCGCCAAUACCACCUCCCCCUCACUGCCCCUCCCUUCCCCCUCCGCCAAUACCACCUCCCCCUCACUGCCUCUCCCUUCCCCCUCCGCCAAUACCACCUCCCCCUCACUGCCCCUUCCUUCCCCCUCCGCCAAUACCACCUCCCCCUCACUGCCUUCCCCCUCUCCCUCCGCCAAUACCACCUCCCCCUCACUUCCUUCCCCCUCCCCCUCCGCCAAUACCACCUCCCCCUCACUGUCUUCCCCUUCCCCCUCCGCCAAUACCACCUCCCCCUCACUGCCUUCCCCCUCCCCCUCCGCUAAUACCACCUCCCCCUCUCUGCCUCUCCCUUUCCCCUAA